AUGGAUGGAUUGGAUCAGACAGAAACCACCACGGAUCACUUCUCUCCUGACAGGCUUACCGGUCACAUAGAUCCAUUCAACCACCAGCGUGGCAAAGGGGACUCUGGUUAUAGUUCCUUCUCUAUUUCAUUCAACACUCCAGAGUACUUGUCUCUAGCUCAUUGCAGUGAGAAUCCCAGGCAGUCAGGAUAUGCGUUCUAUCGGGGUCCUGAUUCAGAGACACUGCAACAUACUGACGCAGUAGUCUGCGAUGCUGGUGUUAUGAGCACUGAAGAGAGACCCGUGUUCCCGCCAAUGGAUAACUCCCAUAGGAAUGGUAAUAAUAGGAAGUUUAAUUGGUCAAACCCACCUCCUCCUCCAAUGCGCCAUGAUAGUUUCCUAGUUACCAAGCAGCAUAAUGAUCUUGGCAACAAUUACAGCUACGAUGGGUUAUGCCUUCCAACUGUGACCGAGAGGUCUUCAUUAAUUGAGAGCAAGACACAGGGGAUGACUAUUGGAAGUUACCACCAAUCUCAGGAGACCACAAACCUGCCUCCUGAUAAAGUUCCUUCUGACCUUGGACAAACCCAAACUCCAUGGUGUACUCCAACUUCAAACUUGACUGGUUUUGUGCCAGAAAAGCACAAUCACUCACUUGAAGGUGCUGUCAGUUUUCCUUCCAAAGGGACUGAUAAGGCAUCUCAGAACAACUCAAAUGAUUCACCUCCUUCCUUUGUCCAUCACAGUUUAGGUGUCACACAUGACUGUGCAGAAUCACAGCAACAAAUCUACAAUCUCCCAUUGGCACACGGAAUUAAACCAUGUCUUGUUAGACAGCAGCACCUCGAUCUAUCACCUGUAGUAACUCUUACUAGUGCUAGUGAAAGUAAUCAGACUGCAGUGCCAUAUUGUUACACCAGCAGCACACAUACAGAAACAUCCACAAGAGAGCCUUGGCCAGCAGAAGGUAUUUCUGGGCCUAUCCAAGCAAAGGACCUAGAGAACACUACAGAAGCAUAUAAAUCUGAGGUACAUUCUAAGCUUCAUGUAACUAGAGAUUGCAAAGGUAGAAGGGAAUCUUUGAACCCAUUGAGUACCAGCCAUUUAGUUCUUCAGUCACCUGGCAUGGAUUUGCAAUCCACGUGUGGAGAAUUUGGAUUUAGAAGGCAUAACAACACCAGCAGCAGCCAGAUCUUCUAUUGUGGACCCAGUGAAAAUUCUCACAACCCAAAACCACAUCCUACAGUGCCUGAGUCAGCAAUACAAAGCAAGUAUAUAAGCCAAAGGCAAAUGAGAAAUAGCAUAGACAGUGCAGGGUCUCCGAUACUCCCACAUUCAGAUACAAGAAUUAACCACAAUGCUUUAGCAAACCAAUUGUCUACGCCAGCAAGACAGUUAUGUACCGAUGGAGUAAUCACUGCUGAAAAUACUCCAAUGCUGCAUCGUCUUACCUUCGAAAGCACAAAUACAGCCAAAAAUGCAGCAGUAAAUACUAAUCAGAAAAGACAACUCACUGAGGAGUCAAAGGAUGCAUACAAUCAGAGGGACAGAAACCAAGACCUGCGCAGGGGUUUCCAGAGCAAACAGGAACAGUUUCACAAGUGCAAGAGUUUUUUGCAGCCCUCAGAUGAAUCUACCAAACUCAACCAAUUGAAUGAAGAACAUCCAGGAUCACCAAUUGAUUCUUCUAAAAUUGCUUAUAGAGACCAAGUGAAGCAUGCACAGACUAUGGUCCUGAGGGAGACCUCUUUUAAACGUAGAGAUCUUCAGCUUAGUUGGCCAAACCAAGCUAAGCAGAAGUCCACUCAGAGGCCAAGCAUCACACACUUACAAACAGCUUCUUUGACAGACCCAAGGCAUUUCCUUGAUGAUCCAACAACCACAAUGUCAUCAUCGCAAGUAUUACAUGAGGAUCUACCAGCUAAAUCGCUGGCUUCUGAGCACCAGACUGCCCGUUUGGGAAGCAGGAAAAGACUGACAUCUCAAGAGAAAAAGAUGUAUCAUUCGGUACCUGAAAAAAUAAAUCAAUUGGGUGUGGCAAAUGGUUCAAGAAAAUUCCCUCCUUCAUGGGAGCAGGAUGACAAUUUCCCAAACCCACAUGAAGAGAGGAGCAUUGUAGCUUCCAGGCAACAACUGUUUGAAACAACUUCCUUGGCAGCAAAUGCACCCGUUGCAUUAAAGCACAUUCAGCACAAGGCCUUAAUUGAGUACAUGGAACGUAAGAGAAGUCAGAGACCCUGUAGCACAGAACCCAUGUGUGAACAAAGCCAAAUGGGAAGGUCCAUCUCGCACAGGAGGUUUUCAGACUGGAGUUCCAAUGUAUGUUCCAACCUCAGCCCUGCCAAAGGGCAGAACAUAUCGCAACACAAGUCUGCAGAUAUGCAAUGGGAACCUUGGGAUGAUUCUUUGGCAAUGCCGGCCGUCUGCACCAAUGUCUCUCCCAGCAGCCAGUUAAGCCAGCCAUUUCAGAACCAUCACUUUCAAAAGCGGGCAGAUGACGUUAGUAUUUCUGGAAAGUUUGCCUCCACUGAUAAAUUACCGAACCAACCAAGGUCCGUUCAUUUUGUUGGGCGCCCAAGAUCAAAGUCAUCUCCAUUAUCUUCACAGAAGGAUCUAGCUCCUGCUCUAAGCUCAGAACCAUUGAAACAAAUGUGUAACAGCAGCAACACUUCCAGGUCUGUUUCUGGUAAAGUCAAUUCUGUAACUGAUCGGAUUUCUUAUUCAAAUUGUCAUGAAAAUAAGUGUAAAAACAUGGCCCCUAGCAAAAACAUCCUUGCCAGACAAAGAGGAAAGUCAUUGGAUGAAAUCCAGACACCAAGAGUCAGAAAUUCCCCAGUACUGAGCAGAAGUUCUGACCAGCUCCAUCACUCUGUGAUCGAUAGUGAAGUAGAAUCCCAAACUGGAAAUAUGGUGCAUCAAGAAAGGCCCAGUGGAACUCCAACUAAAUGGAAUAAGGUGGCGCUGGCAUUGAAAAAAGGACCUCCACCACUAUCAAGAUUACCUUCUCCCAAACAAGAGGGGAUUAAAUUGAAGCAGGAAGGCAUUAUGUUAGGAACUAACAAGAUUUCAGCUCUCACUACCUUUGAGACAGAUUCUAAAGUAAUCAAGGCUCAUAGAGGUUCUUCUGCAGAAUCCCCAACUUCUACAUCCCCAUCUCCACGUUCCAGGCUGCAAUCUCCACUGUGGAAUUCAAGAGACCAGGCGCAUUCCCUUUCCUCCCUGUCUUCCUGGAGAGAUGAUGUGUUUGUUGAGGAUUCUUCUAAAAUAUCUGAAAAUAGUAAGACAGAUCCUUGUUCAGCAGUUGAAAACUUCUCUGUUCAAUUCAACAUCUCACAACAGCAUCAUUCAAAAAGUUUUGAAUCUUCACCCACGGAAAUGACAAUGAGAAAAGAAACCAAAUCAGCGACACAAUCAACCAGAGGAAAGAAUUCACUGUCAACGAGGGAAUCUCUUCAACUAAAUCUUGAAGAAAAUGGUGAGGAAAAUCAUAACAGGUCUAUGUCAACAGUGUUGGGAUUCUCAUCAAACAGUUCAGACCUCGCUAUUGAAAGACCUGUGCCAAUCUUGAUGGCACAAGUUGCAAAGUCUGCUGAGGACAAAAGUGAGACCAACCAGCCUUUUCCAGUAAAGGACCGUCAAGACAAUGGGGAAGAGCCAUUUCCGCAGCUUUCAAAAGACCCAGGGUCCACAUCUGUCCAUGUAAGGGUGAAGACAAAGACUCCUGAAGACCUCAGAAUUGAGGAGCUUAUAAAGGAAAUUAUAAAUGAGGAUCAUACACUAGCAGAUGUCCUUGAUCCCAGCCCUACAGGGAAAACUAUAAUGGAUCUUGUGACAGAGUUGUUUCAAAAGGAUACUUCAGUGCUUGAGGCUUGUCAGAGGAGAAAGCAAAUGGACAGUCAGGCAAUGAAGAAGGAAACCAAGAAUAAAGACAAGCAAGAUAAUCGACUCCCAUUUUCAAAAGAAACAAAUCUCCAAUCUGAAAUAUCAGUGAAAAUCAAUCAAAAAGAAGAAAGCACCAAGAGUGAAAUGGAGUGUGAAAGUGAUGUGACAGAGAAGAAGAAGGAGUUAAUUAACACCAUUAAAUGUAAACUUCAAAAGCUUCAGGAAGCUAAAUCUGGUUUAAGUGUGGAUAUCAAAAGAAAUAACACGUUAGGUGAUGACAUCCAGGUCUGGGUGAAUGAAGUCUGCACACCUAAUGAAGUCCAGAAAUACAAGACCUUCAUUGAGGAUCUGGACAAGGUGAUGAACUUGCUGCUGUGUCUAUCUAGCCGUCUGGUGCGAGUGGAAAGUGCCCUGAGUAAAGUCAAUGAGGCCACCGACGUGGAAGAGAAGCAAUCAUUGAAUGAAAGGCACCGGACACUCUCUCGCCAGCAUGAAGAUGCCAGAGGACUGAAGGAACAUCAAGACCACCGGGAACGAGUGAUCUUCAGUAUCCUAACAAACUACCUCACCAAGGAACAGCUUCUGCACUGUGAACAUUUUAUCCAAAUGAGAAAAGCUUUACUAAUCAAACAAAAAGAACUUGAAGAAGAUUGCAAACUAACUGAGGAGCAACUUGAAUUUUUUGAAAACACCCUUCAGAUAUGAUUUCAUUUUGCUUUCUUUUGAAACUGAUUAUUAGGUUCCCAAGAUGACUCCCAUUAAUGUUGAAAAGUGAUUUAUUAAUCCAAGUCACAUAGUAGGUUAAAGCAAUUCAUUCCAAAACUAGCUAAUAUUACCUGUAUCCUGAUUGUUUCCAUGUGAAAUAACUUAAAAUGGAUAAUUAAAUAGAAAUGAAUUGAGGCUACGCUGUAGAGUUAGAGCCAGCUAAUAGCAGAUUGUUGGUUCCUGAUAACUAACUGAAAGCUUUUGUUUAUCAUGUUGAUGAUCAUCAACCACAACAGCCCAGAUUUUGCAGUCAGUGUCAAAGCAUUGGAACUUGUCAUUAAACUGGAAGAAAGUUCACAAA